AUGAAGCUGAAGAAAUCUUUGUCUGAAACUUUACCAAUCUUCUACCCUCUUGCCGGAAGAAUCAUGGGAAGUUCGGUCGAAUGUAAUGAUGAAGGAGCUGUAAGCUCAAGUGGACCAUCGUCUCUCAGAGUUUCUCAAGCGCGCCCUGCUCCUGAAUCAUUGGAACCACUCAUUCCUGUUGAAGCUAAGACAAGAGAAGACAUUACAUGGCCUGUGCUGCUAAUCCAGGCCAAUUUCUUCAGCUGUGGAGGAUUGGUUAUCACAAUCUGCAUUUCUCAUAAGAUCACUGAUGCAACCUCUUUAGCAAUGUUCAUAAGAGGAUGGGUUGAGUCCGCAAGAGUCGAGGUUGAAGAGAUUAAUUGUGUAACAAAGAGAUUUGUGUUUGAUGCUUCAAAGAUGAAGACYCUCAGAGCCAAAGCUUCAAGCAACCUUGUCAAGAAUCCAACCCGUGUUGAAGCCMUCACAGCUCUGUUUUGGAGAUGUGCUAGUAAUGCUUCAAGAUCGAGUUCUCCAACACCAAGAACUUCAGUGCUGCACAUACCCGUGAGCUUACGAGGAAAGGUAGAUUCUUUGUCUGAGAACACAGCGGGGAAUAUUCUCUCCAUCAUGAUUCUCAAGAACGAAAAAGCUAAUAUUGGAGGGAUURAAGAUGUGGUUGAUGAGUUAAGGCGUGCAAAGGAAAUGUUCAGCUUGAACUGCAAGGAAAUGUCGAAAUCCUCGGAGAAAAUUCUUGAGUUUCUGGAGGAGAUUGGGAAAGCAUAUGGAAGGAGAAAUGAGGUGGAUUUUGGGAUGAGUAAUAGCUGGUGUAAGCUCGGCAUGUUCGGAUGGGAAAAGCCGGUAUGGGUGACCGGAAGAGGCACUUCCAAUUUCAAGAACUUGAUGUUGUUGAUUGAUGCCAAAGAUGGAGAUGGAAUUGAAGCUUGGGUCACUCUUACGGAAGAACACAUGUCGCUGUUCGAAUGUGAUGAAGAGCUUCUUGAAUCAGCGUCCCUCAAUCCCCCUGUUUUGGUCUAG